UAAAAGCCCAAUUUAAUUAACUGACCCUAACCGAUUAAGGAGUACCUGAAGUGCUGAAGUCUAAUGCUUUGAAUGAAGCUCCAUUAUAGUAGAACUCCUGUGUGAGGAAAAGUGUAGCAUGGCUCUUUUUCUUUAUUCUUCAUAUUUUCUGACAGAAUUUUGACUUGCUGUGCAUUUGGCACACGUUGUGUGCAUGGAUGAUUACUUGUAUGUGCGAUUAGCAUAAGUUUUUCUGUGAUCUACAGCUAUUUAUAACUGUAGGAUAUGUGGCAGCGCUUGCACAAACACUCAUCACACACAGACAGAGGUGCAUUGUGGGGGAGGUUCACUAGCAUGCUCAGUGCCGUGCCUUUUGACAGAAAAGAAUAAGAAUAAAACGAGAACAGACACGUGUCAUCACUUCCCUAUAACAAGGAGCUUUUGAAAUUACCCAACUUGUGAAUGACUAAGGAAAUAUAACUUAUUUCCAAAUCUGCUUCUUACUUCUUUUUUUUUUAAAGUGGGCCUGGUCUGAAAUACAUGAGGCGUAUAAAUGCAUACAUGAAUACAACAGACUGCCUUUAAUCAGCAAAUUGGUUUUACUAAACUUUUGAUGCAGCAUUAUCAGGUGUGAAGGUUUGGCUAAUACUUUGAAGACAAACGCAUUUGGCCAAUCGCAUGCAAGCACGUCCUCUCGUUGACCCCCCCCAUGCCCAUCAGGCUUUCCUCAGCCUGCCGCUGUGUUUGGGGCAAAUCCUCACCUUUUAGUAAAGGAGUUAGAGGUUUGAAAGUGGUGUAAAAACAAUGAGGGAGGGAGGGAUUAAAAAGUGACAGUGAAAGUGAGGAGAGCAGAAAUGUGUGCAGCAGGAGAGAGAGGGGGGAGGAAGGGGUGAGAGAGUGAGAUCAGGAAUCUGCUGAGUCAUCAUGACUGGUCUCAUGAUGAUCGCUCAGCAGUGGCAACAAUAGUCGCCCUUCAUCAAACACACACACACACACACACACACACAACACAGGUCUGAGAGAUGAGAGCCAGACCAACGCACCAUACAAAGCAUCUCAUUGAGAGCGUGUGGAGAUGCUCAUCUGUGGAGCUGUGCGCUCUAAGGACUGAUCUCAUCUUUUGCACUUCCAGGCUCCCGCUUUGUUGACUUCUGAUUCACACUGUUUUGUCUCAUUCCUUUUGUCUCUUGUUUCCCCUUUUGGUACAAAUGCAUAUACAUCACUAUAUUUGGUUUGCCUUCAUUUUCAUCCCUAGUAGGUGUCGGUCUAUAUCGUUUUUUUUUUCUGCUGUCAGUCUCGGGUAAGGUGUGUGUGUGUGUGUGUGUGUGUGUGUGUGUGUGUGUGUGUGUGUGUGUGUGUGUGUGUGUGUGUGUGUGUGUGUGUGUGUGUGUGUGUGUGUGUGUGUGUGUGUGUGUGUGUUAGAGCUCUAACAGUUGGUUUUCCCCUGGAGUAUUUCCCACAAAUUCUACCACUCCCUCUUCUUCUUCUUUAUGCUCACUUCAUUCCUGUUGGUCUAAAGCCAACCAAUAAGAGUUCAACAACACAAAGGUAGUGGGCACUGUCAGUGUAACCACCAGGAAACAGGAAGUCAGGGAAAUUCUAAGAAAAGCUGUCUGUGUGUCACUUUCACUCCUGCACUGUGACACAGAUGCAUGGCACUGUACCAUGCUCACAGAGUGCUCCAACAGUAGACUUAAAUGAAUUUGGUCCUGGUCUGUUCAGAAGAGCAAGGCACUUGUGGCAUGACGACGACUAACAAAGGAAAUAAAGCCUUGAAGGUGAAGCGUGAGCCGGGGGAGAAUGGCACCAGCCUCACGGACGACGAGCUGGUGACCAUGUCAGUGCGGGAGCUGAACCAGCACCUCAGAGGGCUCACCAAAGAAGAGAUCCUGCAACUGAAACAACGGCGGCGCACGCUAAAGAACCGCGGCUACGCCGCCAGCUGCCGGGUGAAGCGAGUCACUCAGAAGGAGGAGCUGGAGAAGCAGAAGACCCAGCUGCAGCAGGAGGUGGACAAACUGGCCAAUGAGAAUGCUUCGAUGCGCGUGGAGCUGGACGCUCUGAGGUCUAAGUACGAGGCGUUACAGACCUUCGCCAGGACUGUGGCAAGGAGCCCCACUGUCGGGGUCGGGGUGAGGGCUGGGGUGGGGGGAGGAGGAGGGGGAGGGAUGGCGUCAUCAGUCAUCGGCCCACUCAUACCGGGUAAGAUGGCAACAGCGACGAGCGUGAUUACAAUAGUGAAGUCAAAAACGGAUGCACGGUCUUGAGGGAGGGGAAGAUAGAUGAGGGUGUGUCGGGAUGGAGUUCAGCUGCAACGGAGUAAUUCUUCUUCUCUGCCGGCCACCUCUCCUCCACCUGCACCGACAGCUGGGCAGUCUUGGUCACAUCGCCUCGGCAUGUGCCCGUCACCUCUCAGUUCAGUGCAGGCGAAGGAAAGGAUGGAAGCAGAGGAAGAUUACUGAGACUAUAAAGAUGCAAGUCCUCGGUCAGCGCAUGAUCAUUUAGCACAGGACAGAUGCACAGGGUUCCUGCGGUCACUGAAAGCCUGGAAAAGUCAAAGAGUUAUUUGAGAUUAAUUUUAUUCCAGGCCAGCAGGAAAAUUAAAAAAAAGGCAAUCACUUUGGAAAAAUCAGUCAAGCGUUCAAUGUCAAGUUUCACCGCUGGUAGAUCGAGAAAUCUGUAAGUGUGUAAGAAUUUAAAGUGGUCGAUUGCCCGAACUAAGACGUAAAACAUUUAAAUUCGCUACGCCAACAAAAUAUAUUCUAACACAUGCAUUACAUAUGUAUUAGAAUCAGAAAGACGCUAUUAGUGUGUUUAGUUAUAGAAGUCAUCUAAUCAGAUGGACACAAAGAGUGUUGGGUCCCUGAGUUCCAAAACAAUCCACAAGAUUUGAUGUGCCCUGCUGAUUUCAGUGGCUGAAGAGAAGUCCCGUCAUGCUCCACCAUAGCCAAGAACCUUUUCAGAAAAGUACUAUAGAAAAACAUAUAUUACACAAUGGUGGUAACUGUAUUUCUACUGUUUUGUACUGUGUUGUCAUUCACAUGAGGUCCAAAGUGUAUUAUCCGUGUGUCAAUUGUUAUAUAUCAGGAAUUCUGUGAAAUUCUGUGGCGCGUGUUCGUUUUGGUAUUACUAUAUUUAGUUAGCUGUAUUUUUACUAUAUGGUCUCUUCACUUUCUCUGUCCAGCUCUCUUUCUCCUACCUAUUCUUUCUCUGUCCUUCCAUUUUUCAAUUCCGACUGGUUGCCAUCAUUACACACAGCACUUUCUGGAUCUAACAGAAAGAGAGGGGAUAAAGCAAUUGAUAUUUACCAAAAAUUAAACACAACAUACUAUAGAGAGAAAAAGGAGAUACAGUUAGUGGAAGUCAGUAUAUUUGUAGGAAUUUUCAGGGAAAUGGUCUUUUGAACACCAGAGCUAAAUUAAGAUAAAGUUGUCUUCUGUCUGUUUGAGGUCCUCUAAGUAUAUUCAAGAAAAUCGGAAGGGCAAGUGCCUUGGUCUCCUAAUGAUAUGCAUCAAGAAGAAGUAGAGAGGACGUUGGGAAUUGUGAAAGGACGGUGAAGAUUCAUUGCAGGUGUUUGCUUAUGCCUGUGCUAAAUGUGAAACCCUGACCAAUCAGGAAUCAGGUUGUGACAGCAUUUAACUCUGGCUGUGUGUUGUUGUAUGAGCUGUGUAGUAGCAGGAUUAAUAAUAUUAAUAACACCCAUUUAUGUGACUUGGCAGUUCAUUUACUUAAAGAAAAAAACAAAAAGGGUUUGCAAUACAUCUUCAUUUCCUUGCACAGAACAUGCUUUUUUUUUUUUUUUGAAAGUUAAUGUUCUGUUGAGUGAAAGUCCAUAUUUCUGUUUUCUGUAAAUGACUUGGUUUGCAUGUUUAUGAUUGGCUACUGACUCAUAAAUCUAGGUAAUUACACCUACAGCAACAUUCUUGCCUCAAAUCAAAGUGGUUUAUGUUGCAUUCAUCUUGCUUUUAACCACAAAGCUCACUUUGCAAGUGCAAGGGUGAUUACUGACAAUGCAGUCAGCCAGCAAGGACAGCAAAGAUAUCUCUCCAAAUUUCCAGUCACACAAAUGGGAUGUCAUUUCACAAAGUUUUAUCAUUUAAAAAAAAAAUAAAAAAAAGUAGUCUUACGUGGUGUUCUAUACUCCAAGAAUCUGUAUCUGUAUGGUAGAGUCUGGAAUUUUAUAAAGACAAUUAUCUUUGCAUUGUUUGUAACAACCUGUUAAAAAAAAAAAAAAAAAAAAAAAAG